AGAUGGCGGCGGGCUCGGAUCUGCUGGACGAGGUCUUCUUCAACAGCGAGGUGGACGAGAAAGUGGUGAGCGACCUGGUGGGCUCGCUCGAGUCGCAGCUGGCGGCCAGCGCGGCCCACCACCAUCACCUGCCGCUGAGGCCCGACGCGCGGGCCGCGGCCGCCGCGCUCGGAAACCACGCCGGGAGCGCCGGCGCCGAGGCCGCCCCGCCGGAGCGGCCCGCAGCAGGUAGCCGGGGCCAGGCGGGGCGGGCUGUCAGCGCGGCCGCCGCGCGUCCUCACCGCUCUCUCCUUGUUGUUGCAGGGCCCGGAGCCGCCAGCCACGGCGCCGCGCGCCCGCCGCCGUCCGAGGGCCCCGCGCCCGCCCCGGCGCCCGCCCCGGCCCCGGCCGCCGCGGGCCCCGAGCCCGGCCCCGCCGCCAGCCCCGCCGCGGGCCCGGCCAAGCCUGCCGCCAGCCCCGCCGCGGGCCCCGCGCUGCGCGCCGGCAAGCUGGGCGGCCCCGGCGCCGUGCAAACUUUGAAUGGGAGCAGCGUGGUGGUGAACUCGCUGCGCGCCGCGCCGCCGGUCAACAACGGGCCCGCGGCCGCGCCGCCCCCGGCCAAAGCGGGCGCUGUCAGCGCCGCGCAGCCCGCCGGCUCCGUCAUCCAGGCCGCCGCCGCCGCCGCCGCGUCCCCCGCCGCCCCGGCCCGGCCGUCCGGCACGCCCGCGGGACCCCCGGCCGCCGCCGCGCAGAACGGGAGCAGCACUGGGAUCGGCGCGGCGCUGGGCGCAGGGGGCGCGCCGGCGGGGGGCGCCGCCGCCGCCGCGCCGGCCCUGCAGGCCGCCCCUCUGGUGAACAGUCAGCCGGCGCCCCCCGCGCCCCCUGCCGCCGCGCCGCCGGCGCAGGCCGCCAAGGCCGAGUCCCCGAAGACCUCGGUGCCCGCGGCGCCCCCGCCGCAGACGCUGCCGGCCAGCUGUCCGGCGGGCGCGGGAGCAGGCGUGCUGCUCGGGCAGACUGUGCCGCCGGCCGGCCCCCCGCCCGCGCCCGGCGCCCCCGCCGCGCUGCCCAAGGGCGCGGCCGCCCCGAGCCUGCCGCCCCGGACUCCCACGGCCGCCGCGCCCGGCCUCCGGGCCACCCUGACGCCCACCGUGCUGGCCCCGCGCCUGCCGCAGCCGCCGCAGAACCCCACCAACAUCCAGAACUUCCAGCUGCCCCCAGGUAUGGUCCUCGUGCGCAGCGAGAACGGGCAGCUGUUAAUGAUCCCUCAGCAGGCGCUGGCCCAGAUGCAGGCGCAGGCCCAUGCCCAGGCCCAGCCUCAGACCACCAUGGCGCCCCGCCCUGCAACCCCCACAAGUGCCCCUCCUGUCCAGAUCUCCACUGUACAGGCUCAAGGGACGCCUAUUAUUGCCCGGCAGGUGACCCCAACGACCAUAAUUAAGCAAGUGUCUCAGGCCCAGACGACAGUACAGCCCACCACCACACUACAGCGCUCGCCCGGCAUGCAGCCCCAGCUUGUCCUGGGAGGCACUGCCCAAACAGCGUCGCUAGGGACGGCGACAGCGGUGCAGACGGGAACACCUCAGCGGACUGUCCCGGGAGCAACCACCACCUCCACGGCUGCCACGGAAACUAUGGAAAACGUGAAGAAAUGUAAAAAUUUUCUGUCGACAUUGAUAAAGCUGGCUUCGUCUGGUAAACAGUCCACAGAGACAGCAGCAAAUGUGAAAGAACUUGUGCAGAAUUUACUGGAUGGAAAAAUCGAAGCAGAAGAUUUUACUAGUCGUUUAUACCGAGAACUUAAUUCUUCACCUCAACCUUACCUUGUGCCUUUCCUGAAGAGGAGCUUACCCGCCUUGAGACAGCUGACCCCCGACUCCGCAGCCUUCAUCCAGCAGAGCCAGCAGCAGCCGCCACCCGCUGCACAGGCUACCACGGCGCUUACGGCAGUGGUGCUGAGCAGCUCUGUCCAGCGCACGGCCGGGAAGACGGCGGCGACUGUGACCAGCGCCCUCCAGCCCCCUGUCAUCAGCCUCACGCAGCCCACACAGGUUGGCGUCGGCAAGCCGGGGCAGCCCACACUACUGGUGAUCCAGCAGCCUCAGAAGCCGGGAACCCUCAUGCGCCCUCCCCAGGUGACGCUGACGCAGACGCCCAUGGUGGCCCUGCGGCAGCCGCACAGCCGCAUCAUGCUCACCACGCCACAGCAGAUCCAGCUCAACCCCCUGCAGCCAGUCCCCGUGGUCAAACCUGCUGUAUUACCGGGAACCAAAGCCCUGUCCACCGUCUCUGCACAAGCGGCUGCUGCUCAGAAGAAUAAGCUCAAGGAACCCGGGGGAGGUUCGUUUCGGGAUGAUGAUGACAUCAAUGAUGUCGCCUCCAUGGCAGGAGUAAACUUGUCGGAAGAAAGUGCAAGAAUAUUAGCCACCAACUCUGAACUAGUGGGCACGUUAACGAGGUCCUGUAAGGACGAGACCUUCCUCCUCCCAGCUCCUUUACAGAGAAGAAUAUUAGAAAUAGGUAAAAAACACGGCAUCACGGAACUGCAUCCAGAUGUGGUGAGUUAUGUGUCACACGCCACGCAGCAGAGGCUGCAGAACCUCGUGGAGAAAGUCUCAGAGACGGCACAGCAGAAAAAUUUCUCUUACAAGGAUGAUGAAAGAUACGAGCAGGCAAGCGAUGUGCGGGCCCAGCUCAAGUUUUUUGAACAGCUCGAUCAAAUCGAAAAGCAGAGGAAGGACGAGCAGGAGAGAGAAAUCCUAAUGCGGGCAGCCAAGUCUCGAUCCAGACAAGAAGAUCCAGAACAAUUAAGGUUGAAACAGAAGGCAAAAGAGAUGCAGCAACAGGAGCUUGCUCAGAUGAGACAGCGAGAUGCCAACCUCACGGCCCUGGCGGCCAUCGGGCCCCGGAAGAAGAGGAAAGUGGAUUCUCCAGGACCGGGAUCAGGAACAGAGGGAUCGGGCCCUGGCACUGCAGUCCCAGGCAGCUCUGGCGUCGGAACCCCCCGACAGUUCACGCGGCAGCGGAUCACGCGGGUCAACCUCAGGGACCUCAUAUUUUGUUUAGAAAAUGAGCGCGAGACAAGCCAUUCACUGCUGCUCUACAAAGCAUUCCUGAAGUGACGGGAGAGCGUGGUGUUCUGAUGGGGAUGCCUGGGGACGUUUUUAUAGAUUUGCAGAUUACACCUUUUUGUAACAAGCAAAUGGGAUAUUGUUUAAAAAACAGUCACCUCUUUACAACGGAACAGUUUUCUAUUCCUGUUUAUAAAUCAGCUCUUCAGUGUGAGAGAAAAAGCGUUCUGUAGCAGAGAGAACUCAAGGCCUGUGGAUACUCUUAGAGGACAGUUCAAGCUGAGCUCAUCUUUGAUCGAGUGGCCUUCUUGCCAAACAAGCCAUAUAAAAGACUGCUGGGGCUGCCGUCCGUCAGCGCGUAGCCAUGUCCACGUCACGUGUGCGUUUGGUUCGUUCCACCUAACUUCCGACAUAGGCACAGUCUACAGCCCGUGACCUCAUCUCAUGUGUUUUAUUUUUGUAAGAGUCAGUUGGCAAAGCACACUGACGUUUUUAGACUCUUUAUCCCCCUCCCUGGCCCCCUCCCGUCCACCCUUCUCCAGGAAUCCACGACCCAUUGCCUCGACUGUAUCACCUUCCCACCCCGUGCGCACUGUCAGCCUCUGUACAAAGGCAUUGAUUUGCUAUUGUUUGUAAAGCUGUAAAGUUAAAAGAGAUGACCUUUUCAGCAUAAAUAUAUUUUACUUGCACUGUGUUUUUUAGCUCAAAGUGAAAGCUUAGAUGAAAUAAAAUCAGAGUUGAGAAGAAUCAUCAGACGACUGUUUCUCAGUGUGAAUCAAGUGUUGAAAAAUGGUUGGUGUAUUUUGUCAGUAAUUGUACAUAAUCUCUGGCACCUGACAUAAGAAUGGUGACCUGAACGAUAAUUAUUUUGCUACAAGACUGUAUGCAAGCUGUGGGCCCACUUUACAGACGCCCAGAGCAAAGCCCUUCUUUGUACCUAUUUUUUUAUUACAAAUAUACUAAUUGGUUCUUUAUAUUUUCAGAGGUUAUUGUAUUAAAUUGUCUAUUGAUAGUACUUUUAUGACUGUAAAUACUCUGGCCUUGUUCGUGGAAUUUCUCACGCUCGACUUGAGCGCGCGUGACGGAGUGCUGACCAGUAUUUUUUAUCAACGCCUGAAAACUGUUACGCCUUUUAUUUUGUCUUUUAGGAAAUCCCUGUCUUUCCAUUUUUUCAUGUAAAUUUUGCACAGUUACUUGUUCAUAUGUAAAUAUUUUACUUUCAAAAAUGAAGUUUUUAAUCGCUAUUGUUUUAUAUAGGAUUGAAAGAAAAUUAACUCCUUUAUUAAAAACAAAUCUAUCUGUAUUUGUUUUGCCUGUUUUUCCUUGUGCUCCAGCUGUAGAUUCCCCUGCCCGAGGCUCCCAUCAGGUUCCGCGGAGGGUUGGUUUACGACCUUCUUGUUAGGACCAGCAGUCAGAGCCGGGGAGUGGAGCACGGGUCCUUUUACUUCCUGGACGGACGCUCUUAUGGGCAGAGCCAGGGUGGGUUUUGCCAUGUCUGCAGCCGACUGCUGACCUGCACCUUCCCAUGCCACCGGCUGCCUCUAUUGGGGGAGCGCCCCGGCUCUGGACCCCACAUGCUGUGCUGUGUGUGCUGGCUCUGUCCCUGGGGACAAGCGGGGGCACCGCUGGGGAGGGGGCGGCGAGCCUGGGGUGGGCCCUCCUUGGAGGGACUUCACACAGCAGCACACUGGGGGGCCCCACCCUGGGUAACCCCCGCCCCCCGGCUCCACAGUGACAGAGUGUGGCAUUGGCUGUGAUGAGCCACAGCUCCUGAUGGGCUGCUCAUCUGGGCUCAGUGCCUAAAUUCACACCGACACCAACACCCUGUUUUCGUGCGUCCAGAGUGCCGACCACUGGUGUAGCUGGAGCUGGUUCCCAGUUUCCACAUUUGCUCUGACACUUGAACAGAUCUCCUGAAGUAGGUCUGUCUUGUCGGAAAACAGCUCUCAUUUGGAUACCUGCGAUGCUGGAGGAUGAAAGAAACGCACCCUAAAUUGGAGAGCUUUAGCAGAAGUGCUAAAACCAUUUGCUGUGGAGUUGACUCCGACUCACGGUGACCCCCUGGGUGUCAGAGUAGACUGCGCUCCAUAAGGAUUGCACUAGCUGAUUUUUCAGAAGUAGAGCAGCAGGGCCCUCUUCCCAGGCAUCUCUGGGUGGACUUGAACCUCCAACCUUUCGGUUAGCAGCUGAGUGCUUAACUGUUUGCACCACCCAGGGACUCCAGCAGAAGUACUAGAGAAGUACUAAACCAAACCAGACCUGUUGCCACAAGCUGAUUCCGACUCCUAGCGACCCUAAAGGACAGGGUUUCCAAGGAGCGGCUGGUGGAUUCAAACUGCCGACCUUUUGGUUAGCUGCCGAGCUCUUAACCGCUGCACCACCGGGGCUCUGGAGGAGUCCUUAAGGGCCCCAGUCUCCAGCCUCCCUGUGCAUGAAUAUGCUCAAGCAAUUGAUUGUCGCCAUGCUUAGUUUUCGGCCUAAAAUCACUUAGUUGUGUCAGGGAAGGAAGUUGGACUUGAAUUUCCACAGGUGUGACAGAUUCACCUCAGCUCUUUGUGUUCCUGCUGGGCCCAGUCCGCCUGCCCUCGGGACAUGGCCUUGAGUCCUGCACUCAGGUGGAGCUGCCUCACAGUGGAGGCUUGCCAGCGGACGCUCUUCACAGGCAUGGUCCUUGGUUUUCUCUGGUAAGACCCUCAGUUGCCCUUCAGUCUCACACCACCACACAUUAUUGCCCUAAACCCAUUUUGGUUAUCUGCAGGCCCUGGGGCAGAGGCAGUGUAACAGUGCCUCUCCUGGCGUGAACAGGCCAGGUACAGGACAAGGGUGUCUGCUUUCACCGCUUCUAGUCACCGCUGUGUGAGGAAUUCCAGUCGGGCAAAAACAAGAAAUAAACUAUAACAUUUGAAAAGGAAGAAAGUGUAAAUAAAAAAUUCACAGAUAACAUGAUUGUGUACACAGAAAAUCCAAAAGAAUCUACAAACGUUAAUGAGACUGAUGAUAAGUGAAUAUCACAAGGUUACAGGAUACAAAGUUAAUACCCAGAAUCUAUUGUAAUUCUCUGUAAUAACAAUGAACAACUAGAAAAAAAAAAAAAGGUGGGGGG